AUGACCUCCUUCUUCCCUCUCUCUCCCCACCAGGCAAACCGGCUAGUGCUGGCUGCGCUCCUGUGCAGCCUCUCUGGUGACUUCCACUCCCGUCUCUUGACCUGCUUGCCCUUCUCCCCGCUCCCUUCUCCUCACUUCUUCCCUCUCUCUCCCCACCAGGCAAACCGGCUAGUGCUGGCUGCGCUCCUGUGCAGCCUCUCUCGUGACUUCCACUCCCAGCAAUCAGCGCACCCGCCCGUCACCUCUCAACACCUCGCCUCUGCUCCCGUAGCUGCAAAUGCCACAGCUGCUGCAACCAGUGAAGCCACAGCAGCCGCUGUUGCCGCUGCCGCUACAGACGCUACAGCCGCUGCAGGUGCAGCAGGUGCUCCUGGCGCUACAGCCGGGCGCAUGAGACCGAGUCUGCUGGUGGUGCCUGGCUCGGCUGUAGCGGCAUGGGAGGGGCUUCUGGAGCAAAGAGCGCCUGAGCUGAGUGUGACUGUAUUGAGGGGUAGUGCGGGGACCAGAGAGGAGCGCUCAUACCUCGAGGAAGUUGCAUGGGGCGCCAUAGCAGCGGACGGCAGCAUGCAGAUGUGGACGGCGCACGAGCCCAGUGCCGCCCACUCCAUGGGGUGGCCGCGCUCCGUCUUUUCCCUGCACGCCUGCCUGCGCGUGCUGGUUGCCUCACACGAGCCCCAGGCACACCACUGGGAUGCUGGGGACGUGACCAUCAUGAUAGUCGUCCCAGCUCAUUGA